AUGAGCGACUACAAUGAUAACGAUGUACAAGUUCCCGAGUCAUCCUCUCCAGGUCCGGUAAAGAACUUAUCCUCAUCACCUUUGAAGUAUUCGGAACAGGACGGGAAUUCAACAUCUACUUCUUUGUUGCGGGACAAAUUCAGUUUCAGUCCCGGAUCAGCUUCUUUAAAAGCAAGUAACGCACCUGAUCUCACUCCUAAUAGUGGUGCGAAAGGCAACCCCGAUAUGCAGCUUUCGAUCUUGGCUGAUGAAUUCCCUGAUUUUUCGCCAACCCUUGUGCAGGCUGUCUUCAAAUCUAAUUCUUUCAACCUCAAGCUGGCGAGAGAAAGACUAGAAAGGAUACGAGAUCAGAGAAAGUCGUGGUCGGCUGGUGGAAAAGGUACAAAUAACAAGAGACCAGGUACUCCUCAGUCUGCCCCUACAAAUCGACUAGGAUCUAUUCCAAACUCAACCAGUAGACUUUCCUCCAUAAAUGCAGAGACUUCUUCCAAAAUUGUUGUAGAGAAGCAAAGGACGUCGAUUUUUGAUCGUUACUCAAAUGUCAUGAAUCAAAGAACCCGCCCUUCAAUGACUGAAUCAUUGGUGAUAGACGAAGAGUCUCUGGCAAAACUUGGAAUUGCGUCACAGAAUAACACUAGAGGACCAAGAAAGAGAAGACUUGUCAGAGCCAACGACAUGGAUAGUAAGAGACAGGCUACUCAUCUUGAUAAGGCCAAACAAAACCUAAUGAACAUGAAGAUGAAAAAACGGGCAGGUAUCUCGGAUGAAGAUGAAAGUGAUGAGGCAGCUAUGAGUGGGGCCGAAGAUCUUAGUGGAGAAGAGUAUGAAGAGAGGACGCCCGAUAUCAACAUCGACGAUCAGGUCCUGGAAUUUUUGAAUACGGCCGGGACCAGUGAUAUCGCUGAUUUAGGUGAAGCUAAUUUAGAAAAAGCUGAGGCAGUUAUCUCUCAUAGGCCAUACAACAGUCUUUACGCAUUUUCACAAACUGAUUUCACCACUGAAAAGGAACAAGAAUCUCAAAAGCAAUCUCAACAGAGGAAAAAUAGAAGAGGAGCUUCUCAAAAGAAGGAAAGUGAACGUCUGCUAGAGAAGAUCAAUCAAAGUAUCAAAGGUUAUAAUGCGAUUGAUUCUUUGAUAGGCAGAUGUUCAUCUUACGGUAAGCUUAUCGCUUCCCAAAUGAAACGGUGGGGUGUUGAUAUGGAAAAAGCUGCCAAUGGAGAUUUAGAUUUUAUGGAUGUUGAUUCAGAUGAUAGUGAUGUUGCAGUUGUUGAAGAAUUUGAUGAGUCAGAAGUCAGUGCCACUCCAACUCCAGUGCCAGAUGUGACGGCAUUGAUGUCAACAAAACAUCGCAAAAGAAAGGACAGCAAUAGUGACUUUGAGGAAGACGAUGAUGUUGAAGUUGAGAUUGACACAAGCGAAGAUGAAGACUACGGACAGAUAAAGCGUAAAUCUACACCCGGUCGUAGAGGAAGACCAGCUACUAGGGGACAAGUCAAAUUUUUCAAAGCUAAACCGAAACUGCUAUCGCCAACUUUACAACUUAAGGAUUAUCAGCAAACUGGUAUAAAUUGGUUGAAUUUGCUUUAUCAUAAUCAUAUGUCAUGUAUUCUUGCGGAUGAUAUGGGCUUAGGAAAAACAUGUCAAGUGAUUGCAUUUUUUGCCUAUUUGAAACAAAUAAAUGAACCUGGUCCACAUCUCGUUGUUGUUCCUUCUUCCACACUUGAAAAUUGGUUAAGAGAAUUUCAAAAGUUUUGCCCCAGCUUGAAGAUCGAACCUUAUUAUGGGUCACAGCAGGAUAGAGCAGGUUUACGCGAGAUCUUAGAAAGAACGGCUGGUCAAUAUGAUGUUAUUGUGACCACAUACAACCUCGCAGCCGGUAAUAAGUAUGACAUUUCAUUUUUAAGAAAUUGCCAAUUCAAUGUGGUCGUGUAUGAUGAAGGUCAUAUGUUAAAGAAUUCGAUGUCAGAACGUUUCAACAAAUUAAUGCGAAUCCAAGGUAAUUUCCGUUUAUUAUUGACCGGUACACCAUUACAAAAUAAUUUGAAAGAGCUAAUGUCACUUUUGGAAUUUAUUAUGCCGAAUUUAUUUGAGUCUAAGAAAGAUCACUUGGCAACAAUUUUCAAGCAACGUGCGAGGACGACAGAUGAAAACAAAGGUUUCAAUCCCUUGCUAGCACAAGAAGCUAUUAAUAGAGCAAAGAUGAUGAUGAAACCUUUCAUAUUGAGAAGACGAAAAGAUCAAGUGCUAAAACAUUUACCCGCAAAACACAGAACCAUUGAGUACUGUGAAAUGGUUAAGAGUCAGCGUGAUAUAUAUAAUGCAGAAAUCAAAUUAGUUAUGGAGCAUAAAAAAAUGGUUCAAGACGGGACUUUGCCGGAUGAUCCAAAGGAAAGGGCUAAAAUACAAAAAACAAGUUCGAAAAAUCUCAUCAUGGCCUUAAGGAAGGCAUCGAUUCAUCCACUUUUGUUUAGGGCACUUUAUGACGAUAAAAAACUAGAUAAAAUGAGCGACGCCAUCUUGGAUGAACCAGACUAUGCAGAAAAUGGUAAUAAACAGUACAUCAAGGAAGAUAUGAGCUAUAUGACAGAUUUUGAGUUGCACAAGCUUUGUUGCAGUUUCCCCAAUACGUUAUCAAAAUAUCAGUUGAAAAACAAAGAAUGGAUGGACUCAGGGAAAAUCAGCAAACUAUGCACCAUUCUGGAAAAGAUAAUCGUGCAGAAAAAGGAAAAGGUGUUAAUUUUUUCUCUUUUCACUCAAGUGUUGGAUAUACUGGAGAAAGUCUUGUCUACGCUAAAUUACAAGUUCCUCAGACUGGACGGAUCCACCCAAGUCAACGAUAGACAGUCAUUAAUAGAUAAAUUUUAUGAAGAUGAAAGCAUUCCAAUCUUCAUUUUAUCCACAAAAGCAGGUGGCUUUGGUAUCAAUCUUGUCUGUGCGAACAACGUGAUCAUUUUCGAUCAAAGUUUUAACCCUCACGACGACAGGCAGGCUGCCGAUAGAUCUCAUCGUGUUGGGCAGACAAAAGAAGUCACAAUAACGACGCUGAUUACCAAGGACUCUAUAGAGGAAAAAAUAUUCCAACUAGCGAAGAACAAGCUCGAUCUCGACACCCAUGUCAGUGAGGACGACCAGAAAUCCCAAGAAAUGCUUGAUACGAAGAUCAGCGGUAUCCUGGAAGACAUCAUCUUUGAUGAGAACAGCACUAAAUAG